AUGACAACGACGGUCCAGGUCGCAGGACCGCGGCAGCAGCGGCAGUGGGGCGGCACCCGGGCCCGCAGCAGUCGCAGCAGUGAUGACGGCGGCCCGGAUCGCAGGAACUGCCUAGUCGCGCCAGAGGAGCCUAUUCCGGGCGGCAGCCCUCCGCCCGCGCUCCAAGGCGCCUGCCCGGCGGAGGCGAGGCUCCCCUCAGCUGCGCGGGCGGCGGCGGAGCCUUGCGCUGGGUCGGGCUGGGCGGGUGGCGAGUCCUGCCGCGGGAGGAGGGCCCGCCCCAUCGCGGCCCGCCCCCAGCCAGGCCGCGGCUAUAACCCCGAGGGGCGGUGGCGACGCAGGUUCCUCCGCGAAGGCGCGAUGGGGCCGGCUGCGCUGCUGCUGGGCUCCGUCGCCGGGGCGGCUGUGCUGCUGCUGCUGCUGGGCGAGGGCAGCCCGGCCCUACCGUCGGGGCUGCUACCGCUGCUGCUCUGGGCCGUCGGGGGAGGCGCGGCGUGGCUGGCCCUGCGGCCGCUGCGCAUUCGGCGGGCCCUGGACAGUGUGGGCUACCUGCCGGAGGCCGGCUGGAGCCGCGCCCAGGCCGCCCACCGCGUUCGCAGGAGCCGGCGCAUCGGACAGCUGCCGCCUGUCUACCCCAACGGCUGGUUCCGCCUGCUGCAGUCGGCCCAGCUGGCUGUCGGGGAGGUGCGCAACGUGGCGGCGCUGGGCGAGCAGUUUGCCGUGUUCCGGGACGCAGACGGGAAAGCUCACGUGGUUGACGCCUACUGUCCUCACCUUGGUGCCAACCUGGCCAUCGGUGGCCGUGUGGUGGGCAGCUGUAUUGAGUGUCCUUUCCACGGCUGGCAGUUCCACGGGGCGAAUGGCAAGUGCACCAGGAUCCCAUACGCUGAAAAAGUGCCUGAAUUCGCAAAAAUCAAGGUUUGGCCGUCGUGCGAAGCCAGCGACAUGAUCUUUGUGUGGUACCACUGCGAUGGCAUUGACCCCACCUGGCAAGUUCCAAAGCAGGAGGACCUCUUGCCCCAGAGGUGCGUCUUCCGUGGCAUCACCGAGCACUUUGUCAGUGCUCAUAUUCAGGAGAUCCCCGAGAAUGCAGCUGACGUGGCCCACCUCGCCUUUCUCCACGGCCCCUGGUUUAUGAACGGAGUGGACCUGCAGUACACCAAGUCAAAUCUCUGGACUUUCUUUGAGCAUCAGUGGCAGGCAGAAUGGCAGCCUGAUCCGGAGCCCAACACUCACUGUUCCUUUCUGCACCUGAACCAUCGCCUCACUAUCUUUGGCAAGCACUUCCGCUUGAUGGAUCUGUCCGUUUCAGCCAAGCAGGUGGGUCCCGCUUUGGUUUUCUUGAUCUUCAAGCAUCGGUUCCUGGGUCAAGGGAUCCUCAUCCAGAGCAUCACGCCCCUAGAGCCUCUUCUGCAGCACGUUGUCCAUCAGAUGUACUACCAGAAGAAUGUUCCAGCCUUUAUUCCCAAGUUCAUGCUGUGGGCAGAGUCUCUCCAGUUCGAGCGGGACAUCAUGAUCUGGAACAACAAGCAACACCUCUCCAGGCCACUCCUGGUGAAGGAGGACGCAACGAUCCAGAGGCACCGGCGGUGGUUUGCCCAGUUCUACAGUGAGAAGAGUGUGAAGUUCACAAGCCGAAAGGAGAGUCUAGACUGGUGACUGACCCCCCCA